AUGGGAAAUGGGUUUUGUUCUCAUGUUCUGGGUUUUAAUGGGAUGGUUAUAAUUCUAUUUGUACUCAUUUCUGUAGUUUCAGGAAACAAGAUUUCGGAAGGUGGAACAAAAGUAAAUCACCUCCCAAGGCAUGUUGUGAAAAGCAUUCAGAGUGAAGACGGGGAUAUUAUUGAUUGCAUUGACAUUUACAAGCAACCAGCAUUUGCUCAUCCUGCACUACGGGAUCAUAAAAUCCAGAUGGCUCCCAGUUAUGAACCAACAGUAGAGACAAUGGCAGCAACAAGUCCGGCGAAAACAAAAACAUUCAAGAAUAGAUAUGAGCAAUCUUCCAUGAUCGUGGCAUCACAAAUAUGGAAAAAGAAUGGAAGUUGUCCAGAUGGAACGGUGCCAGUUCGAAGAUUUCAGAAUAAAGGACUGCUUGAAUCAAAUUCUCUUGAAGCUUAUGUUAGGAAUAAGCCAACUCAUCCAGUUAAGCAGCUUAAUGACGAUGAGAAUCCUAACUCUCAACUGCCAAAUCGCUCGAAGGCAAUACUGCUUACACUAGGUUAUAUUUACUCUGGAGCUAAAGCAGACAUCAAAGUUUGGGACCCUUCUGUCGAAUCUGACGAUGAGUACAGUACUUCCCGAGUUAGUCUCCAAAGUGGUCCUUACUACGAUUUUGAAAGCAUUGAAUCUGGAUGGGCGGUAAAUCCAAGAGUGUAUGGGGAUAAGAAGACUCGAUUGUAUGUAUAUUGGACCGUUGAUGGAUCAAAGGCAACAGGGUGCUUUGAUCUUACUUGCCCUGGUUUUGUUCAAACUAGCAAGGAAAUUGCACUUGGUGCUGCAAUUUAUCCCAUCUCAGUAGCUAACGGCCUUCCAUACCAGAUAAAUAUUUACAUAUUUAAGGAUCCAAAUACAAGCAAUUGGUGGAUGCAGUAUGGAGAAAAAAUCAACGUGGGAUACUGGCCUCAUAACUUAUUUAGUUUGAUAAUUAGUGGUGCAGAAAGUGUAGAAUGGGGAGGUGAAGUUUACAGCUUAAAGUUGGGGCAAUCUCCCCACACUGCAACGAAAAUGGGAAAUGGAGAAUAUCCAGACCCAAUUUUUGGUGAUUCAGGUUACAUGAAGAGAAUGAGAGUUCUUGAUAAUUCUCGUAUCUUGAAGUUCCCGGAAUGGGUAUCUACUUAUGCAGACGAGUACAACUGCUAUGAUGUUUACUAUAUUUCAGAUUAUGUUGAGGAUCCUGAAUUCUAUUAUGGAGGACCUGGAAGAAGUUACAAAUGCCCUUAA